GCGCAUCCGUCCAACCAGUCGGGUUGCGUCCCUCGUCCAAAUAAACUAGAGGCAGACAGCUUUUGUCCCCUUGCAUGCACACCCAACGUGUCUUCCCCGCACCGACGCCGUAUAUAUAACCUCCCCCCAUCCUCCACGCCUCCGCUCUAUCUAUAUCUAUCUAUCCACCUCCCCCAGCCGUUUCCGCUCCCCAACCCAACUCACGCAUCCUUCCUUUGCCUUCCCCGCCAUCUCUCUAUUCCUUCCUCGCCGAGACAGGGUGGUGGUGGUGGUGGUUGCCACUCAAGAUCUUUCUUGUCGCAAUGGCCGUGAAGCAGGCGCGGUUCCUGCCGCACGCUUUCUCCCACGACAUCCACGCCUUCGGCUCUAUGGAGGCCGACGCCGCGCCGGGUGCCGCUCAGUUUUUUGAUGAAUGCGCCUGCAACGACAACUACGCCAUGGUUGGGAUCGGGAACAACAACAACACGGUGUUGAGCGAUCUCCCGCGAAGCGAGCUCACCUGCAACGACAACUACGGCUUCGUGCCGAGGAAGCGGGUGCGCAUGGCGGCAGAGGAGCCGGCGAGUCUCGUCGACCUCACCCAGGCCCAGCAGCAUCGCUUGGUUCUGCAGCAGGCGGCGGCGAUGCACGGCCUCGUGCUGCCUGGCGACGCGCAGAGCAGGGCCGUGGGUUCCGGCGCCGCGUCCACCAGCGGCAGGAUGCAGGCCAAUGCCGGGGGCCUCUCGCAGGGCCUCAACUCGCUGCUCUACAACCAGGGAUUGGAGAUGGACGCGCUCAUCCGACUCGAGAGCGAGAGGAUGCGCGCCGGGCUAGAAGAAACUCGCAGGCGGCACGCGAGAGCGGUGUUGGCCACCGUGGAGCGCGUUGCGGCGGGGCGGCUUCAGGCCGUAGAGGCCGACCUGCUUCGCACGCGCUACCGCAACGCCGAGCUGGAGGAGAGGCUGCGGCAGAUGAGCGCGGAGGGCCAGGCGUGGCUCGGCGUCGCCAAGAGCCACGAGGCUGUCGCUGCGGGGCUCCGGGCCACCCUGGACCAGCUCCUGCAGCCCCCCUGCGCCAUCGUCGAGGGCGACGCCGAGGACGCGCAGUCCUGCUGCUUCGAGACCCCGGCGGGCGACAACGCCGAAGACACGGCGUGCAAGGCUAUUGCGGCUGCGGCGGCGGCUCCGUCGUGCAAGGCGUGCAGCCAGGGCGAGGCCUGCGUCCUGCUGCUCCCAUGCCGGCACCUGUCGCUCUGCCGCGCGUGCGAACCCGCCGUGGAUGCCUGCCCCAUGUGCGCGGCCACCAAGAACGCGUCGCUCCAUGUCCUGCUGUCUUGAUCCUCCAACUCAGCGAGCCAGGCCGUCGAUGUAGUACGUGCGUCGCGCGGCCGGGCUCGGCGUCGGUGUCUUAAUCUCAGUUCUUUGGUGUUUUCUGCCGCUCUCGGGCAUCGUGGUGCGGCACCUGCGUCACGUGAUCUUUGCGUGCAAGUAAAAAAGUUGUGUUUUUUUAUUCAGGGGAAAAUGUUUAAAUUUGUGUCUAGAUCCCAGACUAGUUUGUUAUGUGUUCAAAUUUAGGUUUUAAUGGACUGAGCUAACUUAGUUUUUGCUGUUCCUCUUUCUUGCGGAGAAAACUGUUCUUUUCUUGUGGAGAAAAUUGUUGUCCUAUGGAAACUAGAAUUACAGCAAUUUUGGGUUUCACAGCGAUGAAAUUCCGACAAAA